AUAUAGUCCGAUGUUCUUGAAUUGACCAUUAAAUAGAACUUAAUUUAGAAUUAAUUGGAAUAUUUCAACAUGGGUGAUCCUGAAAAUCUACCCUCAACAUCUAUCCGCUACCUGUCCACAACUGAAGCUUAUGAUCGAUGGGCGGCAGUCUACGACACAGACGGUAAUUUCCUACAAGCGCUCGAUACCAUCGAGCUAAAGACGCUAUUUCCGCAGUUUUUGCGAUUAUUAAAAUCGCCUGAACCGUGGCGCAUCGUGGAUCUAGGUUGUGGAACGGGCCGCAACACUGCACUCCUCCUCACAGUCCCGGAUAUAGAGGAAGUGAUUGCUCUGGACUCAAGCAGGGGAAUGCUUGAAGUGGCGAGGUCGCGACUAAAUGAGGCGAAUGAUCGAAUUAGUAUACCGAGUCGAGAACCCGCGGGAGAGACCCCUAAGCUACAUCUGCAGGUCUUCGACAUGAUUAUGUCGCCAUCGCCCCCAAAGUCCGCGCAACAGGCUGACGGCGUUGUCUCGACUUUAGUGGCCGAGCAUGUGCCGCUGCCAACAUUUUUCUCGCAAGUCUCGCAGAUUCUGAGACCGGGCGGCCUGCUCUUACUCACCAAUAUGCAUGCGCACAUGGGUGGGAUCAGCCAAGCCGGAUUCGUGGACGCCGAGACGGGUGAGAAGAUCCGGCCGAUAAGUUACGCGCAUACGGUCGCGGAUGUCGUGGCGGAGGCGAGAAGAUGGGGUUUGGAAGUGAUGGAAAUGGGAGACGGAUAUGAAACUGGGAUCAAGGAGAUAAGGGUAAACGAGACCAUGGUUGAGAAAUUAGGCCCUAGGAGUAGGAAAUGGGUUGGUGUUACGUGUUGGUUCGGAGGCCUAUUUAGCAAGAGUGAAAAUCAAUAGAAUUGCAUA